ACAUCUGGGGGCUGAUGGCCUCUCUCUUUCUAGCCAAGCCAGCUGUCAAAAGCAUGCCUCUGUGCCAUUGGGGUGCCACCACCAGGGACAGCAGGCCUGAUGGCGAUGGAGCUCAGCCCAUGGCCACCAGGGGAGGCCUGAAGGUCCUUCUGCACUGGGCUGGCCCUGGCGGCGGGGACCCCUGGGUCACCUUCAGCGAGGCCACACUGACCGCAGAGGAGGUCUGCAUCCACAUUGCACAAAAAGUUGGCAUCACUCCAUCCUGCCUCAAUCUCUUUGCUCUCUUCGAUGCCCAGGCUCAGGUCUGGCUGCCCCCAAACCACGUCUUGGAGAUCUCCAGAGACAUGAGCCUGACAUUGUACUUCCGCAUGAGGUUUUAUUUCCGGAACUGGCAUGGCACGAAUCCUCAGGAGCCGGCUGUAUACCGCUGUGGGCCCCCAGGGCCCAAGUCUUCCUCAGAACAGGCCGAGCAAGGGAUGCAACUGCUGGACCCAGCCUCCUUUGAGUACCUCUUUGAGCAGGGCAAGCAUGAGUUUGUGAAUGACGUGGCAUCGCUGUCAGAGCUGUCGAGCGAGGAGGAGAUCCACCAUUUUAAGAACGAGAGUCUGGGCAUGGCCUUCCUGCAUCUCUGCCACCUUGCUCUCUACCAUGGCAUCCCCCUGGGGAAGGUGGCCAAGAAGAUCAGCUUCAAGGACUGCAUCCCACGCUCCUUCCGGCUGCAGAUCCGGCAGCACAACGCGCUCACGCGGCUGCGCCUGCGGAACAUCUUCCGCAGGUUCGUGCGGGCCUUCCAGCCAGGCCACGUGUCGCAACAGGUCAUCAUGGUCAAAUACCUGGCCACGCUCGAGCUGCUGGCACCCCGCUUUGGCACUGAGCGCCUGCCCGUGUGCCACCUGGAGCUGCUGGCCCAGGCCGUCGGGGAGCCCUACUACAUCCGGGACGGCGGGCAGGCUCCCCCAGAGCCUGGGCCGGAGUUGGCCACCGGGCCCCCCACUCAUGAGGUGCUGGUGACGGGCACGGGUGGCAUCCAGUGGCGGCCGAUACACGCAGAGGUGAGCAGAAUGCCUACUCCAUCUAGCGGUCCAGGCGAUGGCAGCAGCAGGAAUCCCCGUGUUGGCCCAUUUGGGAAGAAAACCAAGGUCCCAGAGGUGGGCAACCAGCCCGAGGACAGGCCUCAGGAAGCGCCCUGGGCCUACUUCUGUGACUUCAAGGAUAUCACGCACAUGGUGCUGAAGGAACGCCAUGUCAGCAUUCACUGUCAGGACAACAAGAGCCUGGAGCUGACCCUGCCUUCCCGGGCCAUGGCCCUGUCCUUGGUGUCGCUGGUGGACGGCUAUUUCCGCCUGACCGCUGACUCGAGCCACUACUUGUGCCACGAGGUGGCUCCGCCACGGCUGGUGAUGAGCAUCCGGGACGGUAUCCACGGACCCCUGCUGGAGCCAUUUGUGCUGGCCAAGCUGCGGCCUGAGGAUGGCCUCUACCUCAUCCAUUGGAGCACCAGCCACCUCAACCGCCUCAUCCUCACGGUGGCCCAGCGUGAGCAGGCCCCGGGCACACAGCACGUGCAUCUGCGUAAAUUCCCCAUUGAGCUGCAGGCCGGGGGCUUCACGCUGGAGGGCUGGGACCGGUCCUUCCCCAGCGUGCGGGAGCUGCGGGCUGCCCUCCAGGGUUGCUCCCUGCGGGCUGGUGAUGACUGUUUCUCCCUGCGCCGCUGCUGCCUGCCUCGGCCGGGAGAGAUCUCCAACCUCGUCAUCAUACGGGGGCCUCAGGCCAGCACUGGUCCGCCCAACCUCAGCCAGCUCAGCUUCCACCGGAUCUGCCAGGAUGACAUCACCCAGCUGUCCCACUUAGGCCAAGGCACAAGGACCAAUGUGUAUGAGGGCAUCUUACGAGUCGGGGGCAGAGGCCCCAAGGAGGGCACUGCCGAUGAUGAGGACCCCCCCACGCCUGGUGGGGACUGUGGGGAAGAGCUCCGGGUGGUCCUCAAGGUGCUGGACCCCAGUCACCACGACAUCGCCCUGGCCUUCUAUGAGACAGCCAGCCUCAUGAGCCAGGUUUCCCACGUGCACCUGGCCUUUGUACACGGCAUCUGCGUGCACGGCUCUGAGAACAUCAUGGUAACAGAGUACGUGGAGCACGGGCCCCUGGACGUGUGGCUGCGGCGGGAGAAGGGCCAUGUGCCUGUGGCCUGGAAGGUGGCCGUGGCCCAGCAGCUGGCCAGCGCCCUCAGCUAUCUGGAAGACAAGAGCCUGGUUCAUGGUAAUGUGUGUGGCCGGAACAUCCUGCUGGCGAGGCUGGGACUGGCAGAGGGCACUAGCCCCUUCAUCAAGCUGAGCGACCCUGGUGUGGGCCUGGGUGCCCUUUCUAGGGAGGAGCGGGUGGAGCGGAUCCCCUGGACAGCCCCCGAGUGCCUAUCUGGCGGAGCCAACAGCCUAACCACUGCAGCCGAUAAAUGGGGCUUUGGUGCCACCCUCUUGGAGAUCUGCUUUGAUGGGGAGGCCCCUCUGCAGGGCCGUGGCCCUUCCGAGAAAGAGUGCUUCUACCAGAAGCAGCACCGGCUUCCUCAACCCUCCUGCCCGGAGCUGGCCACACUCACCAGCCAGUGCCUGACCUAUGAACCAGCUCAGCGGCCCUCCUUCCGCACCAUCCUGCGUGACCUCACUCAGCUGCAGCCCCAAAAUCUUGCUGACGUCUUGGCUGUGAACCCCGACUCGCCUGCGUCAGACCCCACCAUUUUCCACAAGCGCUAUUUGAAAAAGAUCCGGGAUCUGGGCGAGGGUCAUUUCGGCAAGGUCAGCCUGUCCUGCUACGACCCCACGAACGACGGCACCGGCGAGAUGGUGGCCGUGAAGGCCCUCAAGGCGGACUGCGGCCCCCAGCUCCGCAGCGGCUGGAGGCGGGAGAUCGACAUCCUGCGCACGCUCUACCACAAGCACAUCGUCAAGUACAAGGGCUGCUGCGAGGACCCAGGCGAGAAGUCGGUGCAGCUGGUCAUGGAGUACGUGCCCCUGGGAAGCCUGCGGGACUACCUGCCCCGGCACAGCGUGGGCCUGGCGCAGCUGCUUCUCUUCGCCCAGCAGAUCUGUGAGGGCAUGGCCUACCUUCACGCACAGCACUACGUGCACCGAGACCUGGCUGCCCGCAACGUGCUGCUGGACAACGACAGGCUGGUCAAAAUCGGGGACUUUGGCCUAGCCAAGGCUGUGCCUGAAGGCCAUGAGUACUACCGCGUGCGGGAAGAUGGGGACAGCCCCGUAUUCUGGUAUGCCCCAGAGUGCCUGAAGGAGUGUAAGUUCUACUAUGCAUCUGACGUCUGGUCCUUCGGGGUCACCAUGUAUGAGCUGCUGACCUACUGUGACUCCAGCCAGAGCCCCCCAUCGAAAUUCAUCGAGCUCAUAGGCCUCACCCAGGGGCAGAUGACGGUGCUGAGGCUCACUGAGCUGCUGGAACGAGGGGAGAGGCUGCCCCGGCCAGAGAGAUGUCCUUGUGAGAUCUAUCUCCUCAUGAAGAACUGCUGGGAGGCAGAGGCUUCAUUCCGCCCCACCUUCCAGAACCUCAUACCCAUUCUCAAGACAGUCCAGGAGAAAUACCAAGGCCAGGCCGCCUCAGUGUUCAGUGUGUGCUGAGGCCUACCAGCGGCUCGGGGGGGGGGGGGGGGGGGGGACUGGAGCAGGCACCCACCCAGAGGGCCUCCCCGCCCCCAGAGGAUCCUGACAGGGAGAGGUCAGCCUUACCAUUCCCCGUGCCUUAUUCCUGACUGGAGAUCCCACCUCUGUGAAGUGACUUUCCUUCUGUCUUACUCCCUUUGGAUUGCUGUAACAAUCCCACAGAUGGGGUGGCUUGUAGACAGAAAUUCAUUUCUCACAGUUCGGGAGGCUGGGAAGUCCAUGAUCAGGGCUCCAGCAUAGUCAUGUUUUGCUGAAGGCCCUCUUCUUGGUUCAUAGCCCACACCUUCUGGCUGUGUCCUCGUAGGGUGGGGGGAAC